GAAAAGUAUUCAGAGUUUUUUUCUUGACAUAGCAAGAGCUCUUCUAAGUACAACCGCCAUGUGUAAGUUAACUCUAAUUGCAGGUCUUUGUCUUUUCCUUGGUGGUUUGGUGUCAUCCUCCAGACUGGUGUGUUAUUUCACUAACUGGUCCCAAUACCGACCUGGCAAUGGGAAGUUUAUGCCUCUGGACAUUCAUCCGAAUCUGUGUACCCACCUGAUAUAUGCCUUUUCUGGAAUUAAUGAGGCAAAUGAGUUGGUCACAAUAGAAUGGAAUGAUGAUGAACUGUAUAAAUCCUUCAAUGGACUCAAACAGAGGAAUCCAAAUCUUAAAACACUGUUGGCAGUCGGAGGCUGGAACUUUGGAACACAAAAAUUCACGACAAUGGUGUCAACACAAGCCAACCGAAAUAAAUUCAUCCAGUCUUCUGUCAAAUUACUGAGAAAAUAUGGUUUUGAUGGGCUUGAUUUGGACUGGGAAUACCCCGCUGCAAGAGGAAGUCCUCUGGAGGACAAGCAGAGAUUCACAUUGUUAUGCAAGGAACUACUAGAGGCCUAUCUGAGUGAGGGAACAGCUACUGGUCGGCCCAGACUGAUGGUCGCUGCUGCUGUGUCGGCUGGGAAAGCAACGAUCGAUGCUGGUUAUGAAGUCGCAGAGAUGGCAAAGUACCUGGACUUUAUUAAUGUGAUGACGUAUGACUUUCACGGCACCUGGGAGAGUGUGACAGGACAUCACAGUCCUUUGUACAAGGGAUCCCUUGAAACUGGAGACAACGUUUUCUUAAAUACUGACUUUGCCAUGAGAUAUUGGCGGGACAAAGGCACACCUGUAGAGAAGCUAAAUAUGGGCUUUGCGACAUAUGGGAGGGCAUUUCGACUCUCUACUGCAUCCAGUCAGGUUGGAGCACCAACCAGUGGUCCUGCUGCUGCUGGUGUUUUUACAAGGGAAGCUGGCUUCUGGUCCUUUUAUGAGAUUUGCACUUUUCUUCAAGGAGCCAGUGUCCAGCUGAUUGAGGAUCAGAAAGUUCCAUAUGCGGUCAAACAAAACGAGUGGGUUGGCUUCGACAACAAAGACAGUUUUGAGACAAAGGUCCGUUACCUAAAGGACAACAGAUUUGGAGGAGCUUUUGUCUGGGCUCUGGAUAUGGAUGAUUUCAAGGGACAGUUCUGUGGACAGGGAAACUAUCCUCUCAUCACCUAUCUUCGCUCUCUUGUAACCCAGGAUGUUCAACCCCUUCCCACUAUGGAAACCAUCCCAAAUCAAGUCACUCCGCCUAUAAACAAAAAUCCACCUCACACCAAACCUCAUCCCAGACCCACAAUAUCUACUUCGUCCAACAUCGCAGAUAAUUUCUGCGCUACAAAAACUGGUGGGAUUUAUGCCAAACCCGAUGCCCCGGGUUCCUUCUACAGUUGUGCCAAUGGCAUCACCUGGAUCCUUAACUGCCCAAGUAAUUUGGUUUUUCAAGAUAGUUGCAAAUGCUGUAACUGGCCCUAAACAAUUGACAAGCUCUGACUUGCAGUAUAUAAUAGUUUUUUCAGAUAAUUAAAAAAUGGGAAUAAAGUACCUCUGAGACGUU